CGGUUUGAACGCUCUGGGCCGUUUCCCUCAUGACGUCAAGUGCACCGGACAGAGGCUGAGUUUGGGCGAGAUGGAAUUCACCAACAUCUUCAAUACGUGCCCGGCUAACGAAACAGUGGGGAACUUGCCAUGUGAUGACAUUAUUAGUGGCAUCACUGGUACUACAACAAUAGAGCCAGACCUGGGAUACACAUUUGUGCUCGACGUCUUGGGAGCCUGUUUUAAUGUCACAGUUAUCGAGGUCAAUGGUAAAAGGAUCGACUAUGGCAAGAUUAUCAAGAAGUUGAAGUUUGAGUUUACCCAAAUGAAAACCAACCGCACCGAGCUAGACGAGAACUAUGACAGGAAUGUGAUGAGUGUCGAAAUCCCGUCUGAGUUUGUCGUUGAAAUCAUCGAAAACAACACCCGGCUGUUCAACGUGAAGGAGUUUACAAAUAACGGAUUAUGUGAUUGGCUCCGUGACUGGCGGGGAAAAGAGCUUGGCAUAAAAAGCUAA